AUGGCCUUCUAUAAGACAAUUGUGGAAAUUGAGGAAGACAGUCAAUACUGGUUAAAAUACCUCCUCGCGCCAACUUACGGGCUACGGAAUCUUGCUGAGCAUGGCAGUUUCGAAACACAACGAAAUAUACUCUCAUCCAUACUGGCGGAUAAGGGGCAGAGUCGUGUGAGGAAGAGAGACGAAUACUUGUCCAACGACAAUCCACCUGUCCAAAUCGCACUGCUUGGAAAUGAGGCACAGAGCAUGUCCACACAUUGCGAUGUCAUCGAUGAGACAGGGGCAUGUCCUUACAAGGACCUGUCAUUUUCAACAACAGGACAAGCGAAAACAAAAUUGCUUCCAAGAGACCACAUUGAUGUGGUUAUAGCAAUACCAAACAUUCAAGAGCCUGACGGCUUAGCUGACAAUGACUCGGAGGACUCCGGAGUACCGCAAGCCUCAACAUCUCUGGCAGACUCUAUGAAAACUGAUUUGUCGGAACCAAACGCAAACGUUGAGACAAUGACAGAGUUUACGAAGAAAGACGUUGGAACCAUGGCACACAACAGAGGAAGUGGGACAAUGACAGACUUAAUAAAGAAAAGCGAUGGAACCAUGGCAGAGCACAGAGAUGCCACAUCUCUGGCAGACUCUAUGAAAUUCGAUUUGCUGGAACCAAACUUAAACGUUGAUGAUACAUCUCCGUCAGACUCUAUGAAAACUGAUGUGUCGAAACCAAGCGUAAACGAUGUGGGUGCAGACACUUGUAAGAGAUCAAACCAGCAACGGCUAGAUGAUCUUUUGGCUGAAGAGGACCUUUGUUCAUUGGACAAAGAAACGCAAGAAAUAUGUGUAGAUAUAAAGUCUUUUGGUCCAAAUAUUCUUGAUGUUUAUGCUGCAUAUAAAUAUCCAAAGAGCGAACCACACGCUGUUACGUUUAUUGUUACUGUGAAGAACGACGAUGUUAAUUUGGAAAAUUUCGCCCAAUACAACAUCGUAAAGCGCACAUUACAUUGUUAUAGCAAUGAAGGAAGGGAUGUUAUAUACUCUGAAUGCAACAAGCAAAAUCGACUGAACGCCAGUGACGAAUAUAGACUAAAAGCGUCUAUAGAAAUAAAUGAAACACUGCUUAUGCAGAGACAUAGAUACUUAAGCAUGGUUAGCGGUAGUGCGGUAAGGUCAAAAUGUUACAAAGGCAAUCAUGUUAUUGAACCGACCAUCUGUUUAGUUUUGUAUGUUGACGUGAAGGGUUAUGUACCAAUUGACGAAACCCCCUUUCGCGACAAUUACGAUGGAAUUGCUAUUGACGUGAGGGAAGGUGGGUGUUGGAGGUUAAACAGUCCAAUUAACAUCGGAGAAGGUAUUCGACGGCACACAUUUGAUAAAGAAGGAAGCAUCGGUGGUUUCGUUGAAGUACCUUCUCUUGGUCUUUGUGGAAUAACCUCUGCUCAUGUCCUUCUAAAUGAUCAGGAGUACAUGCAAUGCAAGUUGGAAAAAGGUUUUACUGCAACGGGCUUGCAAAAUGAGUUUCGAAUACAUUCCUCAUGCAAUGAAGACAUCGGUCGACUAAUUUCUGCCAUGUAUGAAGAAGGGAAUGAUCGAGAAGCUGGCUUUGAGGUCGCUAUUUUCAAUAUUGAGCGUCGUUUUCUAUUUGAAGGCAUUGGUACCUCGUUUCAAGGUCACAACUUUGAGGGUGAUACAGAAGAGUACUCGUUUGAAUAUGGACAAAUAUUGGAAAAGAGGCAUUUUUAUCCGGAUGUUAAAUGCUGCAAAUAUGGGAGGGAGUCAAAGUUUACAAUGGGUAAAAUUGUCAGUGCCUCUGACGGUAUGGGUUAUUUCUCCUUCCGAGAAAAGACUUUUGACGAAAUACCACCUAUUGUAUUGCGAAAACAGUACGAAGUUGAAUCAUUUUCAAACGAAAAACCUUUUGCAACAUUUGGAGAUUCAGGAGCAUUGGUGUUUUGUUGGCGAUACCCCGAAGAAUUGGUUUGUACAGGGAUGAUUGUUGGAUGCACAUCCAAUAAUACUACUAUCGUUUCCCCGAUCGCUCCUAUUUUGAAAAAUUUAGGAAUUUCUAAACUUAAAAACUUUAAAAAAGUUAAGAAUGAGCUACAGAUUGCAGGUUUGCACGAUGCAGUCAAUCAGAUGCAGAUAGGUAUCAAUGAACUUCUACAACGUAUUCCUCCCCAAACUGCCUCAGAAAAUAGAACAUCAGAUCAGACCGACAACAAUGAAUCUGAAAUGGUAGUUGAAUGA